AUGGCGGAGAUAGGCAGUCGUCUUCAUGACGAACAUAUAUAUCGUUCAGCUGGAGCACCCUUUCAGUGCCUAACUGCCGUGCCACCAAAAGGAAGCACUGGGGCUGAGCUACUGCCAGGUUGCGCAAUUCUAGACAGGGAAAGUCAAGAGGCAGAGACCGGAUUCGAACCACGGACCAUCCGGUCAGCAAAUUCGCGCUCUAACCGCCGAGCCAUCUCGACGAAUCUAAGGGGUAUCAAAGCCUGUACUAAUUCAUCUCAUCCUUCUCCCACCGUGCUCUAG